UAGAGUCAACAGAACAAACGGAAGACGUCACGUGAUUUAAAGCCGCAUCUUUGUUGCCAUAGUAUUGUGGAUGGCGGGCAGCGAUUGGCCGAUGUCACAUCUUCGUCAGCCAGUCACGAUGCGCGCUUUUUACAAACUACUCCGGAAGUCAACAUGUUAGUAUUGCUUUGGCGAGCGUUUUCCCUGGGCCUGUGGAGGGAGAGACGCUUGAGCUAGAAAGUCCUGUAGCUUGAAAACAACAUUAAAUAAGCUACAGUUAUUGCUUCAUUUCGGGUCUCCUGACACUGAACCACUUUCGAGAUGUCGUCCUCGAACCCUCUGCGAGCCCAGAACAGAAGCCAGCAGGAUCAGACAGGGAUGUUGAAGAGUCAGGAUUUGAGGACUAAACCGAGUGCUUCCUCCACGAAAAGAGGAUCUGAGAAUCUGGAUCCCAGUGCUUCUGCUGAAGCUGGAAAGGUUGUCAGUAAACUAAAAGGUGUCAGCAGACUUCCUGUCCUCGCAAAGUCUCUGCAACCAGCUCUAAGUGAACUUUCUCAAAAUCCCAAUCAUAACAAAUGGGAACAGAGGCCUCUUGCGGGUAAAGCUCAGAAAAAAAAGACCUGCACCAAACCUGUUCCUUUCAAUUUGUCCCAAUCACGGACACGCAUUCAGAAGAGCACAGACGUUUCCCAAGGAAAACCACCCUUGAUGCCUUCAGCUCGACUCACAACUGCGGAAAAAUUGAGGGACUUAAAUGCAGGUGCUAAAACUGAUACACAGAGCCAUAAAACUACCACACCGGGUGUCCUCAGAACUCAGGCAAACAAGUCACCACGACUGCAGUCUUUCAAUAAUGUGCACUAUAAAAACUCCACAGAUGGUCACGGAUGCUACAAUCAAACUGAUUUAAGUUCACGCUUAGAUUGCAUUCAUCUUUCACAAUCAAAGCAUCCUGAACACUCAAGCCAUUUAUCAAAGGCGUCACUCAGUAAAGUAGAUGUUAAUUCUGAAAAUCAAGCACCAAAGGAUAAGCACUGUUUUCAAACUGUUCCGUCAACCGCACAAAGCCAUGUAAGCUAUAAAGGAUCUUCGCAGAAUCUCUCAUCAGCUGUGCACAAUGUCUUCUCACGUGAGGGAUUGAGUGCUGUUGGAGCUCAAUGCAUGAUGCCACGUUUAUCUACCUGCCCUUCUGGACCAGGAGCCUCUAAUAAUUUGCCUCAAAGAGUUUUGAAGAAGACCCAUCAUGGCGUUGAUGCCACUGCAGACAAGGCUGGGCUGUUUUCCCCUGACCCAUCAGCACUGCGUAGUAUUCUACAGAGUGAUGGAACUAGACUGGCGGAGCACACUGGAGCAACACCCAGAGUAUCUACUUGUCCCACUGGCAGAGGAACCUCCAUUUAUUCUGCUCAAAGAGUGCCGGUAAAGAAGCCUCAAACAGAAGUUUCAGCAGCAGUAAAAGCUCCUGCAGGUAGUGCUGUGUCCUUCUCCCCUGACCCCGCAGCACUGCGUAGUAUCCUGCUGAAUGAAGGUGUGAGGGCUGGAGGAGCAACACCCAGCAGAGUUUCAGUCUGUCCCACCGGCAGAGGAACUUCCAUUUAUUCGGCCCAAAGGGUCCCGGUGAAGAAAAAUAAACAAGAAGUCAUGGUGACGGCAGCAGUAUCAUCUCAGUGUGCUAAUCGAACACCAGUGAUGAAAUGGACACCGCAGCGAGUUACAAACACUAAACCACAGUCAAUGAGAAAGCUCUGCACCACCCAAAAGAUGUCCAGUUUAAGGGACUCGCCGGGUUUUCUUGGAUCUCACGACCCCAGCCCUGGUACCUUGAUGUGCCAAGAGGGGGAAAAGGUUGUGCAAAGGUUAUUUGAAGAGCAAGAGCAGAUGGAUGAUGACCAGACAGACCAAAAUGGCAUUGCUUCCCAACAGUUGCUGAACAGUCACCAAUCUGUUGAAGCCAAAUCAACAGUUACAGAAAAUUCAGACUCAAAUCUUCAUCACACUAAGAACGAAGGCAAGAAAACAGCUCAGCCAUUCAUACAAGCAGCACACAGAGGGUCCGUCAUUGUUUUCUCAUCAAGCCAAAGACUUGUAUCAGAACACUCUCAAGAUAGACUAAAGACCCUAGCUGCCAAUCUACAACUCUGUGAAGAUCGGCCUACAUCUCAUAAUGCAGCCCAAAGCAAUGGAUCACAGAUCAAUCCCAGCGUAGACAUGACCAAACAAAGCCAAUCGAAAGCUAUAACAAAGUCUAGUGCUGUAUCUGCUCUGCGGAGGCGUCAGACUCCUCUGGAGGAGAUGUUUUUGGAUGAGGAAUGUGCUACCUACACCUCUCGCCUGCUGUCCUGCCCGCUGCAGCCCCGCUCUGGAAACCCAGUGGCCUCCACACUUCUGUUUCAAGACUCUACUUGUUUUUUACCCAUUGGCCUGUCCUCUCCUGUACGUCUGAGCCCUGUCCUGUCCAGUGGUUCUAUCAGAGCAUAAAGCCAGAUGUCCCACAACACAUUGCACAUUGAGUGGCGCCACAAUGGCAUCUGAAUACAUUUCCUAAGAGGAUUUAUAUUGGGGUUUUUAAAUGAUAAGUAAAAUAAGGUUCGUGGUUAACACCAUUAGAUGUUUUGUUUUAUAAUAUAAAUUACAAACACACUCUAAACCAAAGCAUUUUUGUUUUGUUUACUUACUAGAAACAUACUUUAACGAAAUAUGCAUAAUGUUUUUGUGUGUUUAAUUUGUGUUUUAAAGCAAAAUGUUGUAUUGCGAAGCAUGUUUACCACAGUUAUUUUACGGAUAAAUUGUUAAAACCUCAGGAAAGUCUCAGUGAACCCCAAAGCAAGUAAUUAUUUUGGGUUUUGACGUCAUUCCUGCCUCCACCUCUUUAUUUCUUCAAUCAGUCAGUCUUUGUUUAGCCAUGCAAGACUGUUUGAAACAGUAUUGCUGCUUGCACUUUUGAUAAGAAAAGUUGUACAGUUAGAUAAACAAUCUGUCGUCAUUUACAAAAGCAAGGCUUGGAUGGAUAAUUUUCAAUGUUGAGCAGACGACAGACUGCAAGUCUGUACAUAGAACACUUUUGUUAUUUUUACACUGAACUUGUCGCUGACAGGAAACACUGUGUGCUUGUCUAUUGUGUAAAGUCUGUAAUAAAUCUAUAUAUGAACACAUA